AUGGCGGACAAGUCGGCGCGAUCCUUACAGUAUGAGUACAAGGCGAAUUCAAAUCUUGUUCUUCAAGCUGAUACACGACUCAUCGAACGCCGAGCUCGGGAUGAGGCCACGGGCGAGGUGUUCUCCCUGGAGGGCAAACUCACAGGCACUCGCAUGGGAGAUCGUUACGAGCGGAGCAAGCCGACCAAGGAAAUCAGUGAGAAGAAGCGGAAGUCGAAGAAGAAGGAUUCUGCGAGUCUGAAAAUGAAGGCAAAGCCAUCCGUUUUGCAAGACUCCGAUGAAAUCGCCGGAAUCGUAUACCGACCGAAAACAGACGAGACGAAGCAAACUUAUGAGGUCCUGUUGAGUUUCUUGCAAGACAUGCUGGGCGACAACCCGCGUGAUCUUCUCUGCGGCGCCGCAGACGAAGUACUGAAGACCUUGAAAACAGAUCGUAUCAAAGACUCUGAGAGACGGAAAGAGCUCGAAUCUCUGUUAGGGGCCUUCGCAGAUGAGAGAUACGCGGUGUUGGUAAACCUCUGCAAGAAAAUAACUGAUUACUCCGAAAACACGGACGAUGUCGUAGAGCAGCAGGACAUCGAUGAUACCUACGGCGUGAACGUCGAAUUCGACAGAUCGGACGAUGAAGAAUCCGGCGAGGAAAUGGUCGAUAUGGUCGUCGAGGGAGCGAGCGACGAUGAUGAAGCAGGUGAAGAGGGCUAUGAGGCCAAAAUGUCGACGCUUCAGGCGAACCUCGAAAACAGGGGACCCAAACAAGGAGAAAGCAAGAAGGGCGAAAGUCUCCACGCGCGACACAUCGACGCCUACUGGCUCCAGAGGAGACUCUCGAGGACGUACGACGAUCCCGUCGUUGCUCAAACAAAAGCUUCGGAGGUUCUCCAGAUUCUCAAGACGUCGGCAGAGGACCGAGACAUCGAAAACCAUCUCGUUCGAUUACUUGGCUGCGAUCAAUUCGACUUCAUCAAGCAGCUCAGAGACAACAGAAACUUGAUUCUGUAUUGCACACUUCUCGCUCAAGAGCAAAACGAUUCCCAGCGUCAAAAACUGCGUGAGAAGAUGAAAUCGGUCCCCGAGUUGGCUUCUAUCCUCGUCCAGCUCGACUCCUCGGAUAUUGGAACCGGGAAAGAGUCGAGAGCGAAAGACAAGGGAAAGAAGCGGAAUCUGGAAGAGGACGACUCGGACGACGAAAAAUCCUCCAAACUCCGACUGUCGUCUUGCAAACUCCUCGACCUUGAGGAUUUGGCCUUCUCGCAAGGAUCGCAUUUCAUGUCGAGCAAACGAUGCCAGUUGCCGGAUGGUUCCCUGCGGAAAACUCACAAAGGCUACGAGGAGAUUCAAGUUCCCGCCCUCAAACCUAAGGCAUUCGAUGAGGGAGAGAAACUAGUGCCGAUCGAUACGCUCCCAGACUGGGCUCAGCCGGCGUUCGACAAGUUCAAAUCCCUCAAUAGGAUACAGUCACGACUCAAGGACGCUGCGCUGGAAUCGGAUCAGAACAUUCUCAUCUGUGCCCCCACAGGAGCUGGAAAAACGAAUGUAGCUCUCCUCUGCAUGCUCAGAGAAAUCGGGAAGCACAUCAACACAGACGGAACAAUCAAUGGAGACUCGUUCAAGAUCGUAUACGUAGCACCCAUGCGCUCACUCGUACAGGAAAUGGUGGGCAGCUUCUCGAAACGAUUGGAAAAGUACGGCUUGGUGGUGUCCGAGCUGACAGGAGAUCACCAACUGAACCGCGAGCAAAUCAACGCCACCCAGGUUAUCGUGUGCACUCCCGAAAAAUGGGAUAUCAUCACCCGAAAAGGAGGCGAUCGAACGUAUACCCAAUUGGUACGCCUGAUGAUUUUCGACGAAAUUCAUCUCCUCCACGAUGAGCGAGGACCCGUUCUCGAAGCCCUAGUUGCAAGAACUAUACGUAACAUGGAAACGACGCAGGACGACGUUCGACUCGUUGGUCUCUCGGCCACACUGCCGAACUACAAAGACGUCGCAACAUUCCUCAGAGUAGAUCCGAAGAAGGGCUUGUUCUAUUUUGACAACUCGUACCGACCGGUACCCUUGGAGCAGAAGUUCAUCGGAAUCACUGAGAAGAAGGUCCUCAAACGGUUCGAGAUCAUGAACGAGAUCCUCUACGAGAAAAUAGUCGCCAAUGCCGGCAAGAGUCAAGUCCUCGUUUUCGUCCAUUCUCGAAAGGAAACGGCGAAAACGGCAAAAGCCAUCAAGAAUCUCUGUCUGGACAAAGACACUCUGAGUCUUUUCCUCCGAGAGGGCGCCGCCAGCACCGAAGUCUUGAGGAGCGAAGCCGAACAAGUCAAAAAUCUUGACCUGAAAGACCUGCUGCCGUACGGAUUCGGUAUCCAUCACGCCGGAAUGUCACGUGUGGACAGAACUCUCGUGGAGGACUUGUUCGCCGACAGACAUCUCCAGGUCCUGGUCUCGACUGCCACCUUGGCCUGGGGUGUGAAUCUCCCCGCCCACACGGUCAUCAUCAAAGGAACCCAAGUUUACAACCCGGAGAAGGGCAAAUGGACCGAGCUUGGAGCUCUAGAUGUCCUGCAGAUGUUGGGUCGUGCCGGAAGACCGCAGUACGACACCAAAGGAGAAGGAGUGCUGAUGACCAACCACUCGGAGCUCCAAUACUACCUAUCCCUCUUGAACCAGCAGCUGCCCGUCGAGUCGCAGAUGAUUUCUAAGCUACCCGACGUCCUGAACGCCGAAAUCGUCCUCGGUAACAUUCAGACCGUCCAGGAUGCCGUCAACUGGCUCGGGUACACGUAUCUCUACGUGCGCAUGAUGAGAGCUCCCCAAGUCUACGGGAUCUCAUCGGACGACAUGGAGAACGACCGACUCCUGGAGAAAUUCAGGGCAAAUCUCAUAUUCACGGCCGCCACGAAACUCGAUAAGGCCCAGCUGAUUCGCUUCGAUCGUAAAUCCGGUAACUUACAGGUCACGGAGCUCGGCAGAAUCGCCUCCUAUUUCUACUGCACCCACGAAACGAUGGCCACGUACAAUCAGAUGCUGAAGCCGACCCUGAGUGAAAUCGAUCUCUUCCGAGUGUUCUCGCUAUCCGGCGAGUUCCGCAACAUCGUGAUUCGUGAAGAAGAGAAGCUCGAGCUGAAAAAACUCACCGAACGAGUUCCAAUCCCAAUCAAAGAAGGCGUUGAGGAACCUGUCGCUAAAGUAAACGUACUCCUGCAAGCCUACAUCUCGCAACUCCAGCUCGAGCGCUUGGCUCUCAUGUCGGAUAUGGUGUACGUCACACAGAGUGCAGCGCGUCUCAUGAGGGCGAUAUUCGAAAUCGUUCUGCAUCGGGGUUGGGCUCAGUUGGCCGACAAGACUCUAUCGAUGUGCAAGAUGAUCGAUAAGGGGAUGUGGCAGAGCAUGUCACCUCUGCGUCAAUUCAAGAAGAUCCCGAAGGAGGUCAUCAAGAAACUCGAAACGAAGAAUUUCCCGUUCGAGAGGCUCUUCGACCUGAACGUCAGUGAAAUCGGCGAGCUACUGCGUAUGCCGAAAAUGGGGAAAACAAUCCACCGAUAUAUACAUCAGUUCCCGAAACUCGAUCUGGUGGCUCACAUCCAACCCAUCACGAGGUCCACGCUGAAAGUAGAGCUCACGAUAACGCCAGAUUUCCAAUGGGACGAGAAGGUUCACGGAACUUCGGAAGCCUUCUGGAUCCUGGUCGAGGAUGUCAAUUCGGAACUCAUCCUCCAUCAUGAGUAUUUCCUCCUGAAACAGAAAUUCGCUCAAGACGAGCACUUGGUUCGAUUUUUCGUAGCUCUAUUCGAACCCGUCCCGCCACACUAUUUCAUUCGGGUCGUUUCGGACCGAUGGAUCGGCAGCGAGAGUCUUUAUCCUGUCUCGUUCCGUCACAUGAUUCUCCCCGAGAAAUACGCUCCACCCACUGAGCUAUUGGACCUCCAGCCGUUGCCGAUUUCUGCAUUACAAAACAAAGACUUUGAAGCUCUUUACGACGGAGCUUUGACUUCCUUCAACCCGAUACAAACUCAAGCGUUCAAUGCCAUAUACAACUCGGACGACAACGUUUUCGUAGGUGCUCCGACCGGAUCGGGCAAGACAAUCUGCGCCGAAUUCGCCAUCCUCCGACUCUUCAGCCAACAAGAUGAAGGUCGCUGUGUCUACGUCGCACCUCGCGAAGAGCUCGCUACGAUUGUCUUCAAGGAGUGGGAGAAGAAAUUCGCAAAGAAGCUCGGAAAGAAAGUCGUCAUGCUCACCGGGGAAACCGGGAGCGACCUGAAGCUCCUCACGAGCGGCAACAUCAUCAUCUCAACUCCCGAACGUUGGGAUAUCCUUUCCAGGAGAUGGAAACAGAGACGACCGGUUCAGAACGUCGAUCUAUUCAUUGUCGACGAGCUGCACCUGAUUGGAGGUCAGGAGGGGCCGACGAUCGAAAUUAUCUGCUCCCGAAUGCGGUACAUCUCUUCCCAGCUGGAACGUCACAACAUUCGGAUCGUGGCCCUGAGUUCCUCUCUGGCGAAUUCUCGCGAUGUGGCUCAAUGGCUCGGAGCGGGAGCGAAUUCCACAUUCAAUUUCCAUCCGAACGUCCGACCCGUUCAGCUAGAGCUCCACAUCCAGGGUUUCAACAUGACCCAUAACGCCAGUCGUCUCCUGGCCAUGGCUAAACCUGUUUGCCAGGGAAUCGCGAGGUUAUCGCCGCGGAAACCUGUCAUCGUUUUCGUACCUUCAAGAAAACAGUCCCGGAUCACUUGUAUCGAGCUGCUGACCUAUUCGGCUGCGAACAGCGCGGAAAACAGUUUCUUGCAUGUUCCGCUCGAGGAUCUGAAGCCGUUCCUGGAUCAGAUGACGGACAACACGCUAAAAGAAGCUCUGCAGGGGGGCGUGGCCUAUCUCCACGAAGGCCUUUCGUCCGGUGAUCGUGAAAUCGUCGAGCAGCUUUUCGACUCCGGUGCGAUCCAAGUCCUCGUGGCGUCCAGCUCCCUCUGUUAUGCCUUGACACUCCAAGCGCAUCUUGUCAUUAUCAUGGAUACCCAGUACUACAACGGCAAAAUCCAUUCUUACGAUGAUUAUCCGAUCACGACCGUCAUGCAGAUGAUCGGCCGAGCGAACCGUCCGCGGACCGAUGACGAUGCCAAGGUUCUGCUCCUCUGUCAGCAGAGCAAGAAAGAAUAUUUCAAGAAAUUCCUCUACGAACCGCUCCCCGUCGAGAGCCAUCUCGACCACUGUCUGCACGAUCAUUUCUGUGCGGAGAUCGUCACCAAAACCAUCGAGAACAAACAGGACGCGAUCGAUCAAUUGACUUGGACCCUUAUGUACCGUAGAAUGACUCAGAAUCCCAACUAUUACAACCUGCAAGGUGUGACCCAUCGGCACCUCUCAGACCAUCUGUCGGACCUCGUUGAAACGACGCUCAACGAUCUUGAGCAGAGCAAAUGUAUCGCCAUCGAAGAUGAAAUCGAUGUGUCCCCUUUGAAUUUGGGAAUGAUCGCUGCCUACUACUACAUCAAUUAUACGACCAUCGAAUUGUUCUCCGUUUCUCUGAACAAUCGAACCAAAUUAAGAGGUCUCCUGGAAAUCGUCAGUUCCGCGGCCGAAUACGAAAGCGUCCCGGUUCGGCAUCGAGAGGAGUCGAUAUUGAAACAGCUCUACGAGAAACUACCUCAUAAAUUAACGGAUCCCAAAUUUUCCGACCCUCACGUGAAAACCAAUCUUCUCCUCCAAGCACAUCUGUCGCGGAUCCAACUGUCGGCUGAACUGCAAAUGGACACAGAGCUCGUUCUGAAGAAGUGCAUACGACUGAUUCAGGCGUGUGUUGACGUUCUCUCCUCGAACGGAUGGCUCACCCCGGCGCUGGCAGCCAUGGAACUCGCUCAGAUGGUCACCCAAGGAAUGUGGAACAAAGACUCCUACCUGAAACAGCUGCCGCAUUUCGGCCCGGAGGUCAUCAGUCGGUGCCGAGAGGCCGGAGUCGAAACCGUUUUCGACGUGAUGGAGCUCGAAGACGCCGAGCGUGACAGACUUCUGCAGAUGACGCAAGCCCAAAUGAUGGACGUUGCCAAGUUCUGCAACCGCUACCCGAGCGUCGAGGUGUCGUUCGAGGUCGCCAACGCGGAUUCCGUCCGGAGUGGAGGAACGGUCAAUGUGAUUGUACAACUCGAACGCGAAGACGAGGUCACCGGCUCGGUGUUGGCGCCGCUGUUCCCACAAAAGCGAGAGGAGAAUUGGUGGCUCGUGAUCGGCGAGCCAUCGACGAACUCGUUGAUCUCUAUUAAAAGGUUCAACCUACAACAAAAAGCCAAAGUUAAGCUGGACUUCGUGGCUCCGUCGUCGGGAGAGCACAGCUACGUGUUGUACUUCAUGAGUGAUGCCUAUAUGGGUUGCGAUCAGGAGUAUAAAUUCAAUUUGAAGGUCGGUUCCGCGAAACGCCGACACAGCGAUGACGAGAGCGACUGA